AUGAAGGGAAUGGGAUCCACUAUUAAGUGGCCAGGCAAGCUCAAUCCGGAGAUAAGGAGAGACAAGACCAAAUGGUGCGAGUUCCAUGGCGAUCAUGGGCACAACACCACAGACUGCAUUGCCUUACGGCUAGAGGUCGCUGCACUUCUAAAAAUGGGACAUCUCCGGGAUCUGCUAACCGAUAAGGGGAAGAGCACCAUUAGCCAUAAAGGUUCAAAAGAACCAUCACCACCUCCGCGAGAACCUACGCCAAAAGGUUUUUGUUCGCUCAUCUCUGGAGGAUCAGAGAUCAGUGGGGUAAGUUACUCAUCGGCCAAACGGUAUGCCAGAGCCAACCACCACCAUGAAGUCCAAUCCAUCCAUCCGGUCUCACGGUCACACACUCAUCAGGUAAUUCAAUUUGAAGAUGACAAACCGAUCACCUUGGCCGCUCCUCAUCACGAUGCCCUAGUCAUCUCCCUGCAGGUCACCAACAUCCUAGUGAAAAGAGUAUUCGUAGAUGGAGGCUCUUCAGCAAACAUCCUAUUCCUCGAAACAGUGAAGGCUAUGGGAUUAGAAGAGGCAAACAUCAACAGGCGGCCGACGUUGCUAGUUGGUUUCAGCUUUGAGCAGAAGUAUACUAUCGUGGAGAUCGUCCUCCCUAUCUACGCUGGUAGAGUGAACAAAUAG